AUGAUUACAAAGAUUUCCAACCUUCAGCAAAACUUUGAAAAAGAAAUUUGUUCUGAAUUCCCUAAUGCAUUUUGGGAAAGGAAGAAACACUUGGUUGAACUUCCUUACAUCCCCGGGUUCGACGAACAAAAUAUUCCCACUAAAGCCAGACCUAUCCAAAUGAACCAUGAGAUGAUGGAAAUCUGCAAGAAAGAAAUAGAUCAUCUCCUUAAAAAUGGUAUCAUCAGAAGCUCUAACUCCCCCUGGAGUUGCUCUGCCUUUUAUGUUAAUAACAGUGCAGAGAAGGAGCGCGGCACCCCUAGACUUGGGAUAAAUUACAAGCCUUUGAAUGCCGUCUUGAAAUGGAUCCGGCAUCCAAUUCCUAACAAAAGGGAUCUUCUCAAAAGGACCUUCAAGGCCAACCUUUAA